CACGCGAACAAGGAACGUGUGUGUGGCACGCAAAACAUUCAUACUGAGACUUCCGAUUUCUCCAUUUCCUCGUCCCAAAAUCUCCCUUUUCUGCGACCACCGUCUUCUCGGAGCAAUCGCCGGAGACUAAAAAUGUUCGGUCGACUCGCUGCCCAACGCCUGAACGAGAUCCGAACGUCCUUCCGCCGAAUUACUCAGGCAUCGCGAUCUUUUUCUACUGCACUCAACUAUCACAUUGAUACACCGGACAACAAACCGGACCUUCCUUGGGAGUUUAACAAUGCAAACAAGGAAAAGGUGAAGGAGAUACUGUCUUUCUAUCCAUCCAACUAUAAACAAUCUGCAGUGAUUCCUUUGUUGGAUCUUGCACAGCAGCAAAAUGGAGGGUGGCUACCUGUUUCGGCGAUGAAUGCAGUGGCUAAGGUUAUUGAAGUCGCCCCAAUUCGUGUAUAUGAGGUUGCAACUUUCUACACGAUGUUCAACAGGACAAAAGUUGGAAAAUACCACCUUCUGGUUUGUGGCACAACACCUUGUAUGAUCCGUGGUUCAAGAGGUAUCGAAGAAGCUAUACUGAAGCACCUGGGAGUAAAGCGCAAUGAAGUAACCAAGGAUGGCUUGUUUUCUGUUGGUGAGAUGGAAUGCAUGGGGUGCUGUGUAAAUGCUCCAAUGAUGACGGUGGCCGACUAUUCCAAUGGAUCUGAAGGAUAUGCUUACAAUUAUUAUGAGGAUCUCACUCCAAAAAAAGCUGUAGAGAUUGUCGAGGCGUUCAGGAAAGGUGAAAAACCACCGCGUGGCACUCAGAACCCAGGUCGUAUCAAUUGUGGACCGGAAGGAGGUAAUACUACCUUAUUAGGUGAGCCUAAGGCUCCUCCUUGCCGGGAUCUAGAUGCUGCUGAAUAAAUUUUUUCUGUUGUUCAGUUCUUAAUAAUGUAAAACAAUGGAUGGGGAGAGGCAUCCGAUGUCAUGCAGUACUGCAUUGAAGUUUAAAGAUUGUUUUCUGCCUGUCAGUAUGAUUACAGGUGAAACUGAUUCUUGUUUAUUUUGUCGGUUAACUCGUACCAGAUCCAGUGGAAGUGCUUUAAUUUGGGUCAGGAUGCCAUAUUUUACCUAAAA